GCGCGGGCGAUGGGCGAGCCGACGUCGCCGUCAUCGGGGUCGUCGCGGGCGGCGCCGCUGCGGCUGCGCUUCGCGCGCGGGGCGCUCAGCUGCUGCACCCACUGCGGCUACCCGCAGCGCUCGCUGUGCUGCUUCGGCUGCUCCUACUCCACGCGCGCCAUCUUCAUCGGCUCCGGAGGCGUGAUGGCAGGUCUUACCUAUUUCCUGAUUCUUCUUUUUCUCCUCAUCUGCCCAGGCAAAGACUAUAUUGAAGGGAACGUCUACGUCACAGGGUUCUUGGUGCUGGGCAUCAUCUACCUCCCAAUGGGUCUAACGCUCAUAUACUCUGCUCAGAAGUUCCUGGGCGUGAUCCUGGCGCCCGCCUACGCCGCCAAGGACGACGCGCUGUGCGGCAAGACGCGUGUCGCCCUCGCCGUCUUCGUGCUGCAGGUCAUCAUCGUAGAAGCAAUGAGUAGUACCUGA